GUGUAGAGGCUUUGGUUAGGGCAUCUGGUUUGUACCACUUGAUUAGAUGCAUGAUGCAUAGUGUUGAUUAUCCUCUUCUGGUGGCGUUUAUUGAGGGGUGGCAACAGAAUACCAAUACUUUUCACAUGUCAUUCGGGGAGAUGACUAUCACUCUUCACGAUGUUUCGUUCCUGCUUCAGAUUCCAGUGAAUGGAGAGUUACUUGUUUCCCCAGCUAGGGGUGAUCCGCCAUUCAUAAGUGGGAUGAUCUUCUUGGGAUUUCAUAUAAGAAGGCAAUGUCAACACGUGGCAUCCGUUGGGUCCACGGUUUUUGUGGACAAGAGUUCUGAUCGUGCUCGUGGAUGGUUGUGCUCUUACUUC